AUGGUGGAGCUCCGGAUGGACUUGGCAGCAGCGGCCGUGGAUGGAGCGGCCGAGCUCGGAGGUCCCACAGUCGAGGCGACUUCUUCUUUCAUCUGCUAUAGCGAGGAGCAGAUGUCCUUGGCCGCCACCGUGACGGACGAGUCGUACGCGGCCGGGAUCAGCACCUCAGAGGCAGUGGCUCAGGGGAAAGCUGUGAUCGAUGGAGGAGCUACCCGAACCCUGGCUUCGUGUGCCGCAAUGGAGGCUAUCAUGGCCUUGAAUGCAAAGCGCUCGGGGCAUAACGGGUUGCUGAACGUGGACAAGGAGAACUGCCCCACCUUCGGCUUCGGCAAUGGCUCCACCAAUCGAUGCACAGCUACAGUACAACUCGCUAUUCGAGCAGAUGAGAAGCCCGGCUCCUUGACUGUACAUUGUUUGGAUCAAGGUACAGGACCGCUACUGCUGUCCGUAGACACCUUGCGACGGCUGAAAGCUGUCAUUGAUUUUGAAUCUGACUUAGUGUGUUUCCGUGCUUUAGACGCAACACGCUUGGUUCCUGUAGAGCGCUCGCAGACGGGACAUCAGCUGAUUCCAAUGACCGAAGACCUGUUUAAGAACAGCCUGGCCGCCAAAAGCGCGGUUGUCAGCUUUCGAGAUCUCGUCGGGAUCUUUGCCCACGAACUUCCUCUACUUCGGUACCGUCACAACAUGCCGAAGGCCACCAAGGCAGACCUCCAGGCGGAGCUCUUGGAGUUGGGGGAAGAUGUCCCCAGCCGGUGGACGCGCAUGGAGUUAGAGCAGAGGCUACGGGAGCUUCGCACACAGGGCCUCGCGGACAGCGAGGAGACCACGACGAUGACCGAGAUGGAGACGAUGAACAAGGAGCUGCGUCGUGCGGCGCGGAAGAAGGCUACGUUGGUGACUUACUGCACCGACACUCUGGGGAUGACCCUGACCGGCAACGAGACCAUGGCGGUGCUGGAGAGCAAGGCCUUGACGAGUAUCAUGAAGCAGAGCAAGGCCGAGGGCGGCGACUACGUGGGUUUCGGCUGCCACUCCAAGGAGCGCUACAACACGAUCCACCACAACUACCCGGAGUAUGCUCAGUGGGUAAAAACGACCUACAAGGAAUCCGGAGAUCAAGGUGUGGAUCAUCGUUUGGCGCGAUUGGCCAAGUGGCUAGAGCAGCAAUCAGCGACGAUCUCCAAGCCACCGCCGACCGCAAAGACUCAGGGCUACAUGAUCGCCACCAAGGACCCGAAAGGUCGUGCCAGUCCGACGAAGAAAGGACCGUCGACAGCCAGGGGCAGUGCGGAUGUUGCCCCCAGCGAGAGCGACUGGAAGUUGGCGAUGAUGGCCGAGACCCUAGACCUUUUGCGUGCGGAGAUUGCGGAAGUACGAGCCGAACGUCCGAGGAAGACAGUGGCCCGCGCCGACGAGGAGAUGACAGACUCGUCCUUCAGCAUGGUGUCCGAGAGUCCGCACAAGAAGGGGGAGCACAAGAAGUGA